AUGGGAGAAUGGACAAUUCUAGAGAGGCUGCUGGAAGCGGCCGUGCAGCAACACUCCACAAUGAUAGGGAGGAUUUUGCUGACGGUGGUGGUUAUCUUCCGCAUUCUGGUCGUGGCUAUUGUCGGAGAGACGGUGUAUGAUGACGAGCAGACUAUGUUUGUCUGCAACACUCUUCAGCCGGGCUGCAACCAAGCGUGUUACGAUAAAGCUUUCCCCAUCUCCCACAUACGCUACUGGGUGUUCCAGAUCAUCAUGGUGUGUACCCCCAGCCUCUGCUUCAUCACCUACUCGGUCCACCAGUCCUCCAAGCAGCGGGAGAGGCAGUAUGCCAGCGUCUUCAUCACAAUGGACAAAGAUAAGAAGAGGGAAGACCAUAAGAUUAAAAAUACAAUUGUGAACGGCAUUCUUCAGAACUCGGAAAAUCCGAUGAAAGGGACCCAGGCGGACCUUUUAGAGGUUAAAGAAAUGCAGAACUCUGCUGCGAGGAACAGCAAAAUGUCGAAAAUACGGCGGCAAGAAGGGAUUUCCCGUUUCUACAUCAUCCAGGUUGUUUUCCGAAAUGCUUUGGAGAUCGGGUUCCUCAUGGGGCAGUAUUUCCUCUACGGAUUCAACGUCCCGUCCAUGUACGUGUGUGACCGCUACCCGUGCAUUAAAGAGGUCGAGUGCUAUGUGUCCAGGCCCACGGAGAAGACCGUGUUCCUGGUCUUCAUGUUCGCGGUGAGUGGACUCUGCGUGGUCCUGAACUUGGCGGAAUUGAAUCACCUGGGUUGGAGAAAGAUCAAAACGGCGGUGAGAGGGGCACAGGAACGGCGGAAAUCCAUCUAUGAGAUCAGAAACAAGGAUUCGCCGCACAGGAUGGGGGUGCCGAACUUCGGCCGGACUCAGUCGAGUGACUCGGCUUAUGUGUGA